AUGGGGCGCGAGGCCAAGAAGGCCAAAGCAAAGGCACAACGAGCUGCGGCGUCCAAGAAGAAGGCCGGGCGUGGCUCGUCUGGCGCUGGGACGGACGUGCAUGCGAUUCGACAGGAGUUGGCCAAGCGUGGGUGCCAGUUGGUGUCGAUUGAAGCAGAUGGGAACUGCUUGUUUCGCACGCUGAGCGACCAAAUCUACGGCGACCAGGUGCACUUUGCGUCGGUUCGACAGCGCAUUGUGGCCCAUAUCCAAGCGCAUCGCGACGACUUGGAGCCGUUCUUGGAAGACGAGGAAGAGUUUGAUCAUUAUUGCAGACGCAUGGCAGACGACGGUGUCUGGGGUGGCAACCUCGAGUUGUUUGCGGCUGCACAAGUGUGGCAGUGUAAUAUAGUUGUGCACCAGGUGGAUGGGAAAUGCACCACGAUUGAGUGUGGCAGCGCCGACGCACGCAGUUUCCACGUGUGCUACUACAACGACGAGCACUACGACAGUAUUCGAAGCCUCGACGAUGACCUGACCGGGCCGCCGAUUCGGUUCGCGCACGAGAGUGCGGCGGCGGGCAAGAUCUGCGUCGAGAUCGCUCCAGAGGUCGAGACACCAUCUAAACACACUGCGCUCGCACGGCUCGCGAUGGAAUUCCCACACACAUCGGAGGACGACCUGGUCGACCUGUACAAGAAGCUGCACUGCGACGUCGAACGUGUCCGCAGGAAGCUCACGAAACAAGCGGCGAAAUCCAGGCGAAAGUAACCUCCAACGUGGACAAGGUUGUGGGGGUGUCGUUGCGGCCGAACGACCGAUGGCACCCAGCACAAUGGGCGCGACGUUUGCAGCGGGCACAUGCUUGUAUUGGAGACUAUAAGAAUAGACACACCGUUCGUUGUUGGAGA